UUUUCUCUCUGUUUUGUGUUUCCAGCUACGCGCAUUCCCCCCUCUUCUCUCUCUCUCUGCUCCCUUCUCACUCCAUUCAAAACCCUAAUCAACUAAACUACAAUACAACCCACUUCUAAAUCCUCAAUUUUUCAUCUGAAUUUCAACCAUAUUAAAAUUACCAAUCUACACUCCCGAAACCCUAACCGCUUCCACAUGACCCGCUCGUAAAUUAUCGAUUUUCGUAGUUGCAAUUGACAAUUCAAUAGAUUCACAGAUCAAUCUUCGCGACAAAAAUGACAGAAUUAGAUCUGUCUAAGAAAGUAGCUGAUAGGUAUCUCAAACGUGAGGUCCUUGGUGAAGGUACCUACGGUGUUGUCUACAAAGCCAUUGAUACUCAGACAGGACAGACGGUUGCUAUUAAGAAGAUUCGGAUUGGCAAGCAGAAAGAAGGGGUGAAUUUUACAGCUCUUAGAGAAAUUAAAUUGCUUAAAGAACUCAAAGAUCCAAAUAUAAUUGAGUUGAUUGAUUGCUUCCCGCAUAAAGGGAAUUUGCAUCUUGUGUUUGAAUUCAUGGAGACAGACCUUGAAGCUGUCAUAAGAGAUCGAAAUAUUUUCCUUUCACCUGGUGACAUUAAAUCUUACCUUCAAAUGACGCUAAAAGGUCUUGCUCAUUGUCACAAAAAAUGGGUAUUGCACAGGGAUAUGAAACCAAAUAAUUUGUUGAUAGGACCCAACGGACAGUUGAAACUUGCCGAUUUUGGUUUAGCACGGAUAUUUGGUAGCCCAGAUCGCAGAUUCACUCAUCAGGUAUUUGCGCGGUGGUAUAGAGCACCUGAACUAUUAUUUGGCACCAAGCAGUAUGGCCCAGGGGUAGAUGUUUGGGCUGCAGCUUGUAUAUUUGCUGAGCUUCUUCUUCGUCGACCCUUUUUGCAGGGCUCAAGUGAUAUUGAUCAAUUAGGAAAGAUUUUCGCAGCAUUUGGAACUCCAUCUCCAUCUCAGUGGCCUGACAUGUUAUACCUUCCAGAUUAUGUUGAAUAUCAAUACGUGCCUCCCCCUCCUUUGCGUUCUUUAUUUCCAAUGGCAACUGAUGAUGGUUUAGACUUGUUGUCUAAGAUGUUUACGUAUGACCCAAAAGAGAGAAUUUCAGUGCAGCAGGCAUUAGAACACAGAUACUUUUCAUGUCCUCCUCCGCCCACAGAUCCAGAAAAGCUUCCAAGACCUGCCCCGAAGAGGGAAAUUAAGGAAUCAGAUUUGAAUCCACAUGAGGGUCCAACUGUCUUAUCACCUGCGAGGAAGUCUAGGAGAGUAAUGCGUGAUGGAUUUGAAGGAAAUUCUUUGCAAGGAGAUAAGAUUGAUGAUAAUCAUGCUAACCUCAAACAGACUGUUGGCGAUAAUGCAGGGACGAAUGACCAAGCACCAAUGUCACUAGAUUUUUCUGUCUUUGGAUUAAAACCUCCAAAUCGGCCAACAAUUAACAGAGGAAGAUAUGCAAGACUUUAUACUGUGUGGUUUCUGCAUUUUUAAUUCAUAACCAAGUGGAAUCUCAAGUGCUGACAGAUCACAUUUAAAAAGAAAAUUAGAUCUAGAAUUCCAGUAACCAGAAUGAAUAUUCUAUAUAACCGUGCAUCAGUACAAGGCGUUUGAUGCAUCUGAUAAAAUGUUGUGAAUCAGCUUUGAUUGUAUGCCAUUCCUUUUCUUGCUAUGUGUAGAUGUUUAACGGAAGAAGUUGCAGUGCAAGCUGAUAAGCAUCUCACUUCAGUAGUAGUUCAGAGACAAAAAAUAACUAUCAUAGAAGAAAAGUCACAGAAACCAUACUUUCCGGAUCCCUUUGUCCGUAAUUUGUGUUCUUCGUGUAUAAAAAAACUUGUACAAGUCCAUGGAUGAAGGCCCGAGUGAGAGCAUUUUCUGAUUUUUGACAUUAAUUUGUUAUUGUUCACAAGAGAAAUCAUUGUUUACAUUUUGAGGUUAAAAUAUGUAUUUUCAUGAGUGCUUCAGAUCA